ACGGGAUUGACACAUUGAAGGAGAUCAGUGGAGCGAUACUUUUCGCAACUUGAACGCAAGGCGCGCCUAAACCUUUCCCGGAUUGCAGACUCAAUUGUAGCACCAUCAGCACCGCCGUCGCCUCUCAGACGCCAUCCCCCUGCCCUGCUCCCAGAUUCCAGACAAUAUGUCACGUAGUGUGCGCGCCGAGACACGCAGCCGGGCCAAGGAUGACAUCAAGCGCGUCAUGCAAGCCGUCGACAAGGUGCGGCACUGGGAAAAGAAAUGGGUGACCAUCAGCGACACGACCAUGAAGAUCUACAAAUGGGUGCCCAUAUCGUCCAACAGCGAGAAGAAGUCCAAGCUGCAGCUGAACAACAAACUCAGCGACAAGGAGAACUCGCAAAAGGGCACGCCCACGCCGCCCCAAAUAACGCCCAGCUACGCAGGGCUCACGGCCGAGGACUCCAAUACUUGCUUCUCAGUGGUGAGCGACAGUCAGGGAGCUGACUUCGUGUCCAGCAUGCCCUUCUCCGAGGACUCCAACUCACAGGGCAGCGAUGGGCCGGUGAAGCGCCUCAAGACGAGUGAUUAGCUAGCCGUCCACAUCCACAACACAUUUAUCAGCUAAGCCAAUCCCACACAGGCGCACGAACACUCACUAAUUACGUGCGUGUGUAGUAGUGUACAGGCGUGUGCGUGUGAGCCGCUCGGAAUUAUUUUAAUUUUUUUAUAUAGAGAGCUAAACGUAAACGAGUUAAAUUGUAAGUAAAUGAUAAUCAUCUGCCUCACCAAGACUUAAGCAAUUCUCCUAAAAA